UAAGAGACUGGAAGUGUGAGGCUCAAAAUAAAGCUUUUGCCUGAAACGCAAGAAACACGUUGUUGAACGAAUAAACACUGUAUACGAGCAUCUUGCAAUUAGCAAACCACAAAAAAAUAUCUAAUCCAAAAUGUCUCUAGCAGACGAACUGCUAGCUGAUUUGGAAGAAGGGGGAGUCGAUUAUAAUGAUGAUGAGGAAUUACUGCCACUAGAGGUGGAAGACAUCCAGGAUGUUUCUGCCAUGGAUGUUGAAAAAACUAAUUAUGAUGUUCACAAUGUUGCCAAACUUCAAACCAGUAAUGAGUUGAAAGAAAUUGUUGUCAAUAUUGAAAAAUAUUCCAAAAUGGAGAGAAGGGAUUCUGUAAGUGGCCCAGUGGAGUCUGAUCCUGAAUACAAACUUAUUGUUGACGCCAACAAUAUGACAGUGGAAAUAGACAAUGAAAUAAACGUUAUUCACAAAUUCGUUCGAGAUACCUAUUCGAAACGAUUCCCAGAAUUAGAGUCGUUGGUGCCAACAGCACUGGAAUAUAUAUCAACAGUAAAAGAAUUGGGGAAUAACAUCAUGGACAAAUCUAAAAACAAUGAAAAUUUGCAAGAAAUUUUAACGCCAGCUACUAUAAUGGUUGUUAGUGUGACGGCAUCAACGACGCAAGGCUCAAAACUAACCGAACCUGAUUUAAAUGUUGUCAUAGAAGCUUGUGAUAUGGCCCUUGAUUUGAAUGAGUGCAAACAUCGCAUAUUCGAGUAUGUUGAAUCACGAAUGACAUUUAUAGCACCAAACGUAUCUAUCAUAGUGGGAGCAUCUAUUGCUGCUAAAUUAAUGGGGGUGGCCGGAGGAUUGACCAAGUUAGCCACCAUGCCUGCUUGCAAUAUCAUGGUACUUGGCGCACAGAAAAGAACGCUGUCUGGCUUUUCGUCCACAGCGAUUUUACCCCAUACAGGAUUCUUGUAUUACGCAGACAUUGUACAGAAAACGCCUCCUGACCUGAGAAAAAAAGCAACAAGAUUAGUGGCAGCAAAAUGUACGUUGGCAGCAAGAGUGGACAGUUUUCACGAGAGCACAGACGGCACAGUCGGGGACACUUUACGGGCAGAAAUAGAACAGAAGUUAGAUAAACUCCAGGAACCACCUCCAGUGAAAACGAUUAAAGCCUUGCCAGCUCCUAUUGAACAGUCAAAAAAGAAAAGAGGAGGCAGACGAGCUCGGAGAAUGAAGGAAAGAUUAGGAUUAACAGAAAUGAGAAAAGCUACAAACCGAAUGAAUUUCGCACAGAUUGAAGAUGAUGCAUAUCAAGAAGACCUUGGUUUCUCUCUCGGUUCGCUUGGCAAAUCUAAUUCUGGUAAAAUACGUGGACCUCCCGUAGAUGCGAAAACCAAGGCUAGAAUUUCAAAAACUUUACAACAGAAACUCAAUAAAGGAAAUCAAACUACUUGGGGAGGCAGUACGACUGUUAAAAAACAAGUAGCAGGUACGGCAUCCAGUGUGGCCUUCACUCCAUUACAAGGCCUGGAGAUAGUUAACCCACAAGCUGCAGAAAAAAGAGUUCAAGAAGCCAGCCAAAAAUAUUUCUCAAAUACUGCAAAAUUUCUGAAAGUAGAAACACCCAAACCUGCUCCAUUCUAAACAUUUGUUGACAAUAUUAUACAUGAAAAUGUCAUUGCCGUAUAGAAUUCCUUCAGGAUACUGGUAGAUGUCAGAUGCGUGUCCAGGUGGUGGGGGGGGGCAGCUCAUGUGGAGCCUAUAGUACAGGAGAGACACUAUACAUUUAAAAGAGUAAAUUUCCUUCAGAAAUGGCCUCAGAUGCAAGUAAAUUGACAUCAAACUUCCAAAUUUGUCUGGGGGGAGAACCCCAUAUCCCCUUCAAAGCUCUGCUGUCCGUCAUGCCAGAACAGGUACCCUCUGCUCAUUUUUCUGCACACGCCCUUGCAUGUAUCAAAUAAAGCUGCUGAUCCUCAUUUAUACUUUUUGGACAAUGUCUAAUUUUUCAGGGCUUAAUCCAUACUAAUUGCACUCGAAAUUGAUAUUUAACAUUUAAUUAAGAAGUAAAAAUAUUAACGGUGGAUAAUCUCCCAGUUUGAUUCAGUUGAUCAAAAAUAGACCGAUCAAACAAUUUCAGCAAAAAUUAUAGAUGGCACUGGCUUGUCAAGUGGAUGCGAAAUAUUCAAUUUAUUGUACAUCUUUUCAGGCCUACAUGUAAAUAGUGACAGAAAUGCAACCAUUUUUGAACUGAUGCUCCUUUUAGAGAUUCAACUUUCACAAUAUUGUAGUUUGCAAUGGAUUAAGAAUCCCUCAAUGACGAUCAUAGUUUAAUGGUUAAGUUUAAAGUGAAAGUGUCACAAGAAAUAUUUGAAUCCUGCAUUUGUAAAUACUGACACGUAAUAUCUCAGUGAUAUGAAGGUCAUUUAUCACACUUCUUAUUGUGUCAUGCAUUGUUGUUUUAAACUUUGUACUUGUUUAAAGGGCAUGUUUAAAAAAAUAAACAAAAUGAAAACAUA